UUUAAGCUAACCAAUUAUUUGAUAUCUGUUAUUUCAGACUGGUGUGAUGGACGAAAAAAGUUUGCAGCAACAGCAGCAUCAGCAGCAGCAACAACAACAACAAGCACAACAACAGUUUCAGCAGAAAAUAUCCGGCGGCCUUGGGAGUGCUCAGCAGCCGCCUGCCAAACAACAACCAGGACCUCCUAGCAUGCGCCCUCAGGGCCCACACGGACCUUUCGGACCCAACGGGACAGGCCAACAGAGCCCACACGGUCCUUUCGGUUCAAGCAGCCCCCAGGGACACGCGAGACACCCUGAACCUCACGGGCAUCACGGUCCCAACAGUCCAUCAGGGCUGCACAGUACUCGACCCCAAGGGCCUACAGUUGCAGGUCAUCAUGGGGCUUUUCCUCCUCGUGGACCCAGCAUGCAUAAUGGGCCAUUAGGCCAAUCUAGUGGUCCAAACGGUGCUAAAGUUCAAGGAUUACAAUCUCCUAUGAGGUCCCAGGUUGGUCCAUCUGGUACAGUUGGGAGCCAAAACGCCUCUUCCUCUCUUAGUUCGCCUCAACCCCAGGCAGGGGAAGCGCCACGUCCCAAAGAGGACUCCCAUGUUCAACGUGGAGGUAGCCAGCACGUGACCACCAUGGGCGAGGGAGGCUCAUCAGCUCCCCCAAGCUCCACCUCCCAGCAGCCGGCCGAGGCGGACAGGGGUAUGUUCGCGCCUCAGGCUGAGCUACGCGCGGGCCAGCAAGGGUUCCUCUCUCAGCAGGAGGCGAUGCAGCAGGGCCAGCUGGGUGCUGACCGGGCGGCUAUGGGAUUGGGCCCGAUUCCAGGCGGAUUGGACGCACGAAGAGGACAGCUGCGGCCCCAGGUGUCCCUGGAGGGCCACAUUCAUGGUUCAGGUUUGAUGAGGGGGCCAGCAGAUGGACAGGACACACGGGGACCAACUACCAUAGGAGCUCCUACCAGUACUACUCAAGGCCCACCUGUUACCGCUGGCGGACGCAUUCCCGUCGGUGGAGUCAAACUGCCUGGUAUGGGCGAACUGCAGUCUUCAACUCAGCAGUCUCCUAUACAGCCUGGUCUGCAGUCUGGAGCUCAGACCGACAUCCACAAAAGUCUUGGGCAGUCAACACUCGGCCAGCAAGACAUACACACUUCUCAGCAGCAGUCGAUGCAACACCAAACUACACAACCUCAAACUGUUCAGCAGCAGCACCUCCAACAGCAGCAGCAACAGCAGCAGCAACAGCAACAGCAAGGCGGAACAAUGUCCAAUGUCAGCUCUAGCAUGGGAAUGUUAACAGGAACCAGUAGCAUGACGGGAGCCACUUCAAUGACUACUGCACAGGACCAAAUGGCUAGGCUCCACGGCCAAGUGACAUCCCAAACUACAGCACUAAGUUCCCAGAUGAAUAGCCAUAUAAAUACCUCGAUGAAUAGCCAGACUAACACACAAAUGAACCAAAUGCACGACCAAAAUAUACAGAAUCCUCUUCAAAAUAGCAUACAGUCUCAAAACAACCCGUACAUGAAUCAUCAGUUAGGUGCUCAGCAGGAAACACACAUGCAGACCAACAGUUUACACGACAACCAGUUACAAGCAAAUAACUUACAAAACAAGAUUCAAGGAAAUCCCAUGCAGGUUAAUCAGAUUUCCGGACAAAUGGGUAAGGAUAUGCAGACUCAGAACAACACUGGGAGUCCACAUAUGACACAAAUGGGCAACCAUGUACAGCCAGGGAUGACAGCACAAACAAAUCCAAACCUUCCAGCAUCCAUUGCGUCACGCAUGUCUAACCAAGCCAACCAAAUGAACCAUGUGGGUCAGAUGAACCAAAUGAACCAAAUGCAGAACACAUUGGGUGGCAAAGACAUGAAAGGUUUGACCAGUAUCCUGCACAGUCCCCUAGGCAGACAACAACAGCCGCAGAACGUGCAACAGCAGAACCCCCACCAGCAACACUCCUCGACCGCCUCCUCUGCUCUCAGCGGACUCACCAGUCUCUUUGGUCUCCAGAAGAAUCGCCCAGCUGCAGGCAUCAUAGGUGAUCUAUUUAAAGGAAAAGGAGAUGGAUCCAGUCAACAAGCGCAUCAGCAGCACCAAAUUCACCAGCAACAACAACAACAGCAACAACAACACCAUGGCUAUCAACAACCCCAGCAACAACCCCAGCAACAACCCCAGCAACAACAUGGUCUACAACCUCAGCAGCAACAUGGUCUACAACCUCAGCAGCAACAUGGUCUACAACUUCAGCAGCAACAUGGUCUACAACCUCAGCAGCAACAUGGUCUACAACCUCAGCAGCAACAUGGUCUACAACAACAGCAGAAUCUCCAACACCAACAGGAUAAUCUCCAGCAACAGCAAAAUGUACAACAUCAACAGUUCCAGCAUCAACAGAAUACACAGCAACAACAACAAAAUUUGCACCAACAAAACCUUCAGCAGCAAACUCUUCAACAACAGCAGACCUUACAACAACAGCAGCAAAAUCUGCAACAACAGCAAAAUCUACAGCAACAACAAAACCUACAACAGCAAAACUUACAACAACAAACUUUACAGCAACAAAACUUGCAACAGCAAAAUCAACAACAACAAAACCUACAGCAGCAAAAUAUCCAGCAACAGCAUAAUCUCCAACAACAAAAUAUCCAUCAACAACAGCAAUUACAACAACAACAACAACAGCAACAAACCCAGCAGCAGCUUCAGCAGCAGAUGGGCCAACAACAAAAACUUGGAAUAUUGUCUGGACUUAAGGGGGACCAAUACACUUCAGCAUAUACAGGGAUAUCACCUCCAUCACGGCCACUCUCACGGGAGGACUUGUACGGUCAGCAACAGCAGGGCCUUCCUGAUGGUCUACUGCAAGGACCCGGCAUGAUGCUUCACAGACCCGCACCGCUCUCCCCCACGGAGCUGCAGCGAGGUGGCGUCAUGGUUACUACCUCCGGGAUUGUCAAAUCUCUAGACCGACCUCGUCAGACCUCGGAUACAAAGGGAUCACCUAAUGUGUCAGGGCCAGGCGCCGCGGGCCAGCAACAGAAGAGCUCCAUCAGUGGAAUGCUCUCGGACUUCACGCGGGCCCUAGGACUUGGAGGCAGCUCGCCAAAGGACGAGCAGAGAGGUAAUUUGGCAACGUCGCAGCAACAGCACCACCAGCAGCAGCAACAAAUGUUAACCUCACAGGCUCAGUCGCAGGCUCAACUUAUCAAUUCUCAGGGCACCACUAUAAACUCACAGGGUCAGAUGGUGAACUCCCAGGGCCAGGUAGUGGGCCAGCAGCAAGUCCUAACUUCCACUGGCCAGGUAGUAACACAAAUGGCCAAUCAUGUUGGCCCCAAUGUGCAACAAUCUGCUUACAGUGGACAGAUGGUUCAGAAUCCAUCGGUAGUAGUUAAUGCAGGUCAGCAGCAGCAUUUACCUUUCCAACAAAUGACACCAGCACAGCAGCUUCAGCUACAGCAAAUGCAGCUCCAGCAUCAAGCCCAACAUUUAAAGAAAAUGAGACGCCAGGAUCAAGCAGCGGCACUACAACAGCAACUAAUGUCUCAAGGAAAGGUGUCGCCCACACCGCUCAGAAAAGACACACCGGCGACGGUUUCAGGCCUUCAACAACUACAAAAUCUUCAGCAGCAGCACAUGGCCGGCAAGUUUGUAGGACGUGUAGCUACGAGUCUGCCCACCGCCGCGCUGCUCCAACAAUCUACUAUAGCUACCAGUGAUGGCAAGCCCCGCAUGCUUGUCAUGCCGGGACAGACCAUACCCACCUCGGAAACUCCGCUCUCGUCGCUUCAGAGGGCUCGUCUCCGAUCCUCGACUGACCAGCUGGCGUCACCGGAAGAUAGUUUGGUGGGUGUUAAUGCUCAGUUGGCGAUGUUGACGGGGACGCCCAGCACGCCCGCGGGUACACCCAGAGGCCUCAGAGACGACUCCUCUGACACUAUGAGCGAGACGGAUAGUCAGAAGAGUCUCAGAAUUCGUCGCAAGCUGCCACAUCUGCCACCCGAUCAGGAAGCUGCACCCCUACCCUCACAUAAAAAGAACUCAUUUGGACUCAACGCCAAGGACAGAGUCAGUUCGUCACAGAUGGCUCGCCAGUCGUCGCUGGACGGAACCGCCACCACCUCCGUCAGGAUGGGUUGCUCCCUCGCCAUGGCCAGACCCUCUUCCAGCAUGACCAACUUAGCCAAUAUCUCCAAGAUGCCCGACAUAACGCUGCCUACACGCCCAGGCUCUGCUUUGGGCAUCCCAGGUCACUCCCUGAAUACAUGCAGAACCUGAAGGACCAACUGCAGGAGGAGCUCAAAUCGACUACCACUGAUCGACGAGCAAUGCUGGAGGCGGAGCUGCUGCGGCUGCACGAGGACCGACGCCGUGCCCUCACCGAGAAGGACAAGGAAAGGGACGGCCGCCUGCGUCGGGAACUUGACCGCCUCGCCUCCUCUAGCUACUCAGGAUCGCUAUCGCUCAAGCAGAGAAUGGAAAUACAACGUCGUCUGGGCAUGACUUCUGGCACGAGCAAUACCACAGGGUCGGCCAACUCUUCCCCUAGGAACCACCGCCGCAGGGGACACCGACGCCAAAUGUCGGACCCAAAGAUAUUCUCCUCAGUCUCACCCAUUAAGGAAGACAGGGACGUGGAGAAAGAACUGGAGAGAUCCCUGUACGGCGUGGCCCUCCGAGACACCGCUAUCAACUGCAUGGACGAUGAUGACCUUCUGGCAGCCCGGCUCUUGGGCAUGGGCAGGAACACGGGGCGACGCAGUUCGGAGAGUGGGUUGGCUACAGACUUCUGGGGUCGCAGUUCUACGCCAGGUGGCACACUUAACGAUUCUGGUAUCUUUGGCUCUUCUCGACAAAAGCCCGCCAGAAAAUCUCGCAAACCUCGAUCUUGGCAUCCUUCACCAUAUGCCUCUGAUGAUGAAGAUGAUCUCUUAUCACGAGAAGAAAAGAAACAAAAAAUUAAAGCUGAAAUCUCGCGCCGCAGGCAACAAAUAGAAGAGAACUCGCGACUCCAUGAAGAAUUGCUUCGCCUUGCGAGGUUGAGGGAAAGUGCCGAGUUGGGUUAUUCAGAUCCCAGAGCUUACGGGCCUUAUGAUCAAAGUCCGCCCCAAUCCGCGCGUGACUCUACCACCAGUGUCUUACGGUCUAUCGACGAAAUCCUCCGGGACGCCCGUGACCCUUCCUCUGGUUAUUACAGUGGCUACUCCCCCUACAAGGCAGGAGGGUCGCCUCCUAAUCGAUACGGCAGUUCCCCUGGGGCUCGAACCUCUCCUCGUCAUUACUAUGGUUCCCGUGGUCCAUCUCCUUCACACUAUCCCAUGACGGAAGAAGACAGAUCUAUGGCUCGCCUUGCCUCCACCUUUCAGAGUGAUGAGUUCACGGGAGCCCUCUAUGAACGUCUCUCUGAUUUUUCUCCUCUCACGGCCGACAGCUUGAGUGAUAGCAUGAGUGACUUCACACCAGCAAUGCCCUUACUCCCAGACAUGCCAACACGCUCACGAAAGUUGUUAGAGGAUCUAGGAAGCUCACCUAUCACGAGUCAGACACACAGAGGCAAGUAUGAUAUACAGAGACGGUACCGGAAGUAAGUGUUGUUCUGUGUUGUGGUUCUCGUGUUGAGCUGUUGGUCGGUGUUUCUCUCCAGACCUCUUACAUAUGCUAGAACUGUCCCACUAAACAAGCAAUACACUAAUGAAAAUCAAAUAUGAUUACAAGAUGACAAUAGAAAUCUGCACAUCUAACAUUAUGUGAUAACGAUAGGGGGCAAGUCUAGUGCACUUAACUAUUAUAAAUACGAAGUAUCCUAAGAUAAGUACCUCAAGUUGACUAGGUUAAGUGUGUUGUAACACAAAACUGGUUCAGUGUCAUCCUUCCCUGAGGAUAUUUGGAACUACUUCCCGUGGCCUGUAAUUUGAUGACAUAUAAAUCACAGAGAAAUAUCUUACCCUGUAGCGAGUGGAGCAUUAUAUUGGCACCUCGCGACAAUAUUUUUUGUCCCAUCUCCAGUUUCUUCCAAAAUAACCCCAGUUGGCCAGGUUGUGGGGCGUAGGGCGGGCGACGCUGCAAGUGACCGCAAAUAUGCUCGCCACACUUUACCUUGCUCUCCUCCCUCAGUUAUUGUGCCUUAUGUCCGUACUUAGCCGAACAAUUCGUUAAAACAUUUGAUAAAACUUUAUUGAAGAUUGAAUUCCUAAUGAUUUUCCCCCUUGUGAUGACAGACGUUGUUUAUUACUUAAAUUAUUACGUUUGAGAGAUAAGUAGAUUUAAAUUUAAAGAUUUACUAUUCAGGAUAUCAAAUUCAUUAGUUUUAAACCAAAUCGAACCUCAUUCAUUGGUUCAAGAACUGCCAGUUAAUCUCAACAGAAGUUGAUUGCCUAUAUCAUUCUCCCUAAAAGGAACUCCCACCACUUGCGUCCCCAUGCUCUAAGGAGGCAUCUUCCCAUGACACCAUCCAUGCUUAUUUUGGACUUCAUAUCUAGGUCAUCAUACUUUAAAAGAUAUCUUCCCAUGGAGGAUGUAGGGGGAUAAUGAAUGUAUAAUUUCCUGAGGGAAAGGUUUAAGACGCAUGGACUAUGGGAAUCCUUUUAAUCCUGUUACUGUGUUCAACGGUGUUACUGGUGUACUCAUCCCAAUAUAUUAUAAGUCUCAUCCGCCAUUGUGCACAACAAAGCUCAAUAUGUUCAAUGCGGACUAGAGCGCUGAUUCAGUGCACCACGGCGGAUGUGGAUCCCACGCUGCCACCACGGAGGGUCCAGUUCGAGGUGGCAGCGUGUCAGAGUCUGAGAGGCUCUUGCGGGGGCUGUUAUACUCUCUUCUUACCAAAUUGUGUGUUAGUCAGUGUAACCUGACAAGUUGGAACUAAGAGGUUCCCCAGAGGAUACCGUAACUAAGCGGGUCGUUGAGCUGCUAUACUCAUUGUAGUUAGAAGAGGGUAGGUGGUGUACAGCGUGAGGAAGAGUGCAGGAGGGCGUGUGGGCCCCGGCUGCUGCCCAACACUGUACAUCACGCGCCCCGUAGGUACCAUGCACAACGGGCCUUGGCGCCAGUAUUGCUGGAUGUCACCUCGGAGCUCCACUGCCCAUUACUUCAGUGUCAAGCACAGUCUGUGUUCUCCCUGCAUGUGUCUUUCUUGCUUCUGAGGACAAUGUCUAUGUCACUGUACAUUCCAUUUCAUUAUAUUUGUUCAUGGCAUGUAAACAAUACAAAUUGUUGUUGACCUUCAAAUACAUCAUGUUAUUUGAAAGAC